AUGAUUGCAAGAGCCGCUACGGCGGAAAAGGACUUUGUGACCUUAUACCUACUCCUUUUGUUCUUAAGCAAUGCCUUUGCUCUUAUAAAUGUUGAGAGCGAAGAAAAAAUAUAA